CUCACUUAGUUACCCUCUCCGUGUAGAUCCGCGUCUGUGUUUGUGUGUUCCGUGCAAGAACGCGGAUAGCGACAACGAGAACUGCUGUUCCCAGUGCGAAAAUGUGCAUUGGUGAAUUGUUUUCCGUGUGAAGAAGAGAGGAGAAUGUGCUGCUGGUGUUGAUAACAGGAAGGAAGAAGAACCAGAGCUGGCCAUCCGCGCCCCGCACCAGCAGAUCAGGAUUAGUUGUGUGGUGGCUGUUUGGCGUUCGGCUUCCACAUCGACAGCGCGAUCGCGCUGGUGGGUUAUACGUUUGAUGCUUUCGUUAACAGGGUUCAAUGAGCAAGCAGCAACGGCAGAAUAGUGGCACAAGUCCUACUAUUAUUUCUUCUACUAGUGCCUGAUUCCUUGAUUGGUCUAGAUGCUGAUUUUUCUGCUGUUGCUAUUGUACUUGAACUGUACCUGCGCCCCUCUUUCCCCGUCCACCCCAAAACACCCGCACGACUUUAUGCAUGGAUGCUGUGUACGAGUGCGACGCGGUAUGUGAGGUUGGAGUACAGUAUGCUGUCCUAUGCUGUUCUAGUAGGACUGUUUUCGCGUGCACGCGGGCGUGCGUUUUCGUACAAGUCAACCAACGGGGAAGAAAAAUGUUAGAGCAACGGCCUAUGCGAGGGUUACUAAAAAACUCACUGUUCUCUGCCAGUAUUGACGCAGCUGAAAGAAAGCAAGAGAGCACCUGUUCAUCUCGUCGGCUGUUGGCGGGCUCCUCGUGUAUCGCGUGAACAUCGAAACGUUGAUAGCGGCAUCAGCCACUGCAUCCAUCAGAUUCUUGAGCGCACCAAACUGUCAGCAAAUGGUCACCCUGUAAUCCGCGAGCUCUCUUUCGACGUUUCGUCCCAAUAACCGUUGUUCUUUUACCCAUAAUCCCAGCACAAUACAAGCGUCUUUGAAUUAACCAUUCGAGUGUAGUAAGCUUGAUCGCCAGUGGAAAAUUACAGCGAAAUCACAUCCACUAUCCUUAUAGAACAGUCGUCGUCAUCGUCAUAACAAGUAUUACAAAUCUCUUCCUUCUUAAUAUUGCUCUAGUGCCCGUCGCGCCUCCCUCUCUCGGGCGCGUUACAGUUUUUCGUUAAAUUUGUGGUUAAUAACAGCAGCGUUGCUCCAUCUUUUUCCAUAUAAACAACGUAUUAGGUCUGCGGCACCAACCCAUAACAUGUGCUUUUUCUUCUGAUGGCUGCCUUAACGAUUGUUCAUCGUGCAUUUAUGGUGACCGUAUUCGCCACCAACAAUGCCGAUCUUAAAAGCAGAACUGCAGAAGACUACGUUGCAGCAGACUAACGAUGACAAGCAACGGGAAGUGUCAUUGGAGAGACGCCCCCAUUGGCAGUACUGCUACUGAAUCUAAUCCCCGGCACGGCGAAGGCAAAAGCAGCAGUGACUACAGUCGAGGGAGGCGACUUGUUAUCCGCUAUUUCACUGAUCGGUCUAAGUAGCAUGUUCCCGCUAUAGGGUCGCCGCUAUCCACUAAGAUUAAGAUGAACGGGUUAAUUCGCGCACCCGCUUCACGCCAUGCUGCUGUUUGUGUAGUAGGGCAAUCCGGAUAAUCGGAAAUCUAGCGUAAGACGAUCUGAAGCACACCGUGAAUUACCUACUCAUACAAUGAUUGCAAAGCAUUCAAUGUUUGCUGUCGUUGCUGCUUUCGACAAAAGAAUAGCUAAACAAUUAGCUAAUCUUAAAAGUCGACGAUAGAUUACGGCUGAUUCUGUAUUUGGCAGUGGAUGCUACGUCUAAACGGCUACCUGAUGGGCCCUGAUGAUGUGGCGCCGUUUUCAUUGGCAAUAAUUGCUUGAUUAUUAUACCAGUUUUAAUCGGAUUGCUCAUAUGGUAUGGCAUGCCAACCUGUUUGUCACAGCUCGGCGAUAGAAACGAGAGUUCAACCGCGGCAUAGUUGAACCUCGUUGGGCAUUCAAUAAGAAAGCUGUCAGUGCCUUGAGCAUAUCGGAUUAACCUAUGACGAAAGUAGAGAGAGACAUUACCAGUUUACAAUGUUAUGAUUCUCGAACAGUUAAAGGCUAGGCUUCGCGGCAUUAAUACCAGCUCGUUUGCCGUGUCAAUCCGAUCCGUAACGCUAUCCAACGCAUUGGAAUAGGUUGUAGCAACAUGGAACGGACAUGCCUUGUAGAAGAUGUCAGAAAAUUACAAAUCGAGCUUAUCACAAUAGCAAUACUAUGUCGAAUCUGCACUGGCACAGUUGUUACGAACCGAAUCGAGAACGAAAUGUGCCUGCAGUGGUUAGCGAACUGGUUCUAGAUGCAUUUGCAAGACUACCUCGUAAUGGUAAACCUUCAGACGCUCAGUGGACCGUAUUGGCAGGCUUCGUGGCAGUCCCCACUAGCGAAACUGAAGACGGCAGUGAUUCUGAACAGGCCCAACUGAUAUCUCUGGCCACAGGAACCAAAUGUUUGGGACGUAGUCAACGACGCCCGGAACUCGUUUGCGACUCGCAUGCGGAGGUGCUUGCCCGCCGUCUGUUCAACAGACAGCUGCUGGAUGAAAUCCACGCAAUCUUCACCGGUAAAUCGUCACAAUUUUUGUCUUUUGACUCCAGCGGACUCUGCGCUUGGCGGCAGAAUCAAUACUCAUUAUACUUAUACGUGUCGCGUGCCCCAUGCGGAGAUUCUGUAAUUUGUGAUAAAGAACAAACUACUUUCCCCGCUGCCCUACUUUUGCCCGGCGAAUCCACUGUGUCGUCGUCGUCUUCAUUAAAUGAUGUGGUUGUUCUUGCUGCUGAAACUGCUACUGGCUCUUCUGAUAUUCACCGCACAGGCGCCAAGCCUGUUCCUUCUGCUGGUCAAGAUCCUCGCCGCACAGGCAAGGAAUACCACGCUAUCGGUCUACCCCGUACAAAACCUGGUCGCGGCGAACCCACGGACUGCAUGUCGUGCAGCGAUAAAAUAUCUCGUUGGGUGGCGUGUGGCGUCCAAAGUAGGCUACUGGCUACGUUUUUAGCUGGGCCAAUCCCCCUAGCUGGUCUAGUACUUGGAGGCGACGUCUUUGACGAGUCCGCAUUGCGCCGAGCAUUUCUCGAGCGCCACUCAUGUCCUCUUAACACGCUAAAUCUGUGGCCUGCUCCCAAUGCAGGCAAGAGCACGUUCCGUCACGAUCGUAAACAAGGCGCCGAGCGAUGCUCUACGAGCCUGCUCAUUCGCCGAACUGGUCAACAGGAAAUAGCAGUUGACGGGCGGCGUCACGGUAUUGUCAAGAAGCACAUUGGCAGCCCUAAGGCCGAAUUAAGUAUCUGCCGGCGUCAGUUGUUGCUGACGUUCCGGUCACUUGUUCGCGAGUUACUUGAGGGUCAAGGGACGGAAGCAUAUGCGAGACUGGCACCCCUGUUAACGACGAGCUAUGCUGAUACUAAAUUGAAAUCGACACCGGCGUGGCUCACGGAAAGGCGGGCCCUCUUCAAUGCUAAGAUGCUCCACUGGACAACGAAAGACGCUCAGGACUUCUACCCUUAACAUUCACUUUGAGCAUGCUUCGCCAAACUUUAGUUCCGCCAAAGCGUAGUACAUAAAUCAUUGCAGACCCCCUUAUCAACGUUGUCUGUUCGAGUUGUUGAGUCUUACUGUUUAAAUUAGCUAUCAUCAAUUAGCAGGAAUGAACCAGAAACGAUACUUUCUUUAUCCAGGCGAAGUAAGCAUUUGCGCCAAAUGUAUAUUCACCUUACUCUCCUUGAUCAUGAUAUCACUACUGCUACCACAGAAAUAUUUAAUAUUGUACGACAUUAAGCACCGAGGGCAGAUGUGUCUAGCGUCACAAGCUGCAGGUCUCAUCGUUUCAUACUAGAAGUCUUCGAUUUGCAUGUGCAUGCAUAAAAUUUCCCAGCGUCACCGCACUUUCAAAUAAUGUUAUAUAGUAGAUCUGAGACAAUUACAAGAAAUACUUAGUUAAGUUAAAAUAAAGACAUAUGUUGCUGUUGUCAUGCACAGGUCUAUACAUGUGGUUGAGGUUUUUAUUUGUGGCCACUCCUUUCGUAAUCUAGGUUUUGGUUCUACUUGUGGGCAAGUUGAGAUUCUACUCGGCACUAGAAAGCUUAUAAUAAAACCAGCAUAGCUAGUGCGGCUGGUAGACAGGCAGGCAGGCAGGCAGGGCCUAGUCUCUCUGUUAGCUAGGACUAGGCACGUAAAAACAGGCCGCUCUUGAAUGAUUGCCGCAAAAAUUUGAGCGUUGUUGAUGGACGAAGUGCCAUUAGAGGGAGGUGCAGUGGCUCGAUGAGAGAAAGAAGACACCUCGUGGACUAAACACCUGCUUUACUUGCGGGACGCGCUCUUCUGUCCAGUGUUUGCCUGGCCUUUGAUAUGCUACCGUUGGAAGCAGCAGUGGCGCGGGCUCCAUGUCGUGUGUGUAUGCUGCUAGUGUGGUGCGCCGGGAGGCGUCAAGGCUGAUUGGGAGUUUCUUUUUUGGAUAGCUGCCGCCGUUGCUGGCACUGUACUGACUGCUUUUCCAUCUCUGUAGUGUUCCGCCAGAAGGCGCGGCAGCAACGGUAGCAGCUAGCGUUCGGCAACAGGGUCAAGCGAUCACUUCGAGUAGCCGUAGCAAGUCGGUUCCCACUGUAACAUUCCACUCGACUGGCUAGCCGUAUGUACCGUUCAGUGCCAAUCAACCAUGUCGUUAUAUGAUGACUUCAGCGCAUAAUAAUCGAUGGAUGAUGCUUUCUCACGCAUUAUUGCAUGCAUCUGAGCAGCAGCACUCGCCGUAGGCUAGAUAUACCGAUAGGUACUAUUAUGUCGAUCUGUAGAUUUCAAUCAGCACACUAAACCGCCGCUAGCGUGCAUAUCGACUCUGGCGGUGAACUUUUAGCCAUUUUUAGUUGCACGCUAUUGCCGCCGUGGCCGGGUGCCGCUCCUCUCAGCUGUGUGCAGAUGUGCACAGAUAGAUUGAGAGAAUCAUCACUUGAACUAAGGCAUGUGAAACAGAAUAUAUUUAGAAUAAAUAUUUGUAUUACUGUUUUUAGCUUGUUGCGGCUGCUGGUGUGUUGUGCCUUGAACUUAUUAAUGGAAACACGUAGACAGGUAAUUUUAUCUGCAUCAACUACAUAGGGGACAGAGACAAUAAGGGGUCUUAAAACGUAGACAGAAACCCCUAGUUUUGACGUUUUCGGCAAUGGCUGGGCAUAAUGUGUGCGUUCUAAUUUCAUUGUGUGGCCAAUCGUGAGCUUCACCUACAUAACGCUUAAAAUUAUUGCCUUUAGUUUCAUUUAAUUACUGACUGAUGUGUUAAAAUAGACAGUUACGUCAUGCAAAGAUGAGGAAAAGAGGUUGAAAGACGGGCGAGCGUGUUUUGGUGGAAGCCAAAUCAAGACGAUAAACCAAUUUCCUGGCGCUGAGAGAAUCCUGAGCUUCACUGCCAUCUUGCACUUCAUAUGUAAACAAAGCCUAUGCAAGACCUCCAUAAGAGCCUAUAACAUAUUCCUGGUUCGUCUUGUCCUGCUACAUAAAGCGCAAUGAAUAGUUAGUAGACCGUACACCUCAAGGUAUACCUUUUCUCUAACACGGACACAUCCGAUGAAACAAAAUAGAACACAACAAGACAGACAAGUGUAUCUAGACAUAAUUAUUACGAUCUAAUGUGAAUUCAAUAUAUAAUUAAGUAGCUACUUGAGAGCCGGUGGAAUAUCGGCCGGUAGUCAGUCGGCGUUUCCUUUACCAGCUGGAGUGUAACAGAAGGGCUAAGGAGACCUGUUAUUAGUAAUAUUUAAAUGAUACAAAUGCUGUGAUGCGAUCUAUUUGGUUUGUAGUCCACUUUCAGCCUAGAUGAUAGUUAGAUGGCGAUUUAUACAGAGAAAGUAAGUUAUAGUUUAUACGGUGUAGUUUAAACGAAAUUCUGAUUAACCCUUUUGCAGUUAUUAAGCAAUCAAUUUGGCACCGGACCUGGCUUAGACGCGAACGGCAGCAACACGGAGUGCAUUUCUACCUGGAGACUAAAUGAGUGUAAUUGGCUUUCGGCGCGCGCUGAUGGCAGCUGCUGGAACGUCAGAUGGUACUGCAUCGCGAGGCCAAGUUUCAUUGUGUUCCGACUGAAUGUAGUGUUUAGUAAACACAGAAGCACUUCUAACCAGUGUUUGAGUUUCCGCCAACAGAAAAUUGAGUUUUCAGCGACAAGCACACACGAGUUUUGUUAAAGCAGGGGGGAAAGGGCGGCCGCUGGGGGGAAUCUAGACGAGCAUUCUUAGGAUGAGUGUUGCUGUCAUAGGCAAUGCUUGCUAAUUUUUCUAUCAUUACUAACCAGUGGUUUAUCGGCAUUUCAAAGCAGAAGUCAAUGCUACUUCGAAUAGCGUUGACCACCUAUCGCAACCGAUCGUCCGGCAACUAAGUCGAGAGUGCACUAUCGCUACUUCAACGAGAACGACGACGAAGACUCUAAGAUGAUUGUCAAUUUUCUACGCCAGAAAAACUAAAGGAUGGUUUUCCAGAGGUCCAACUUUUUUGUGUUCACUUCACAUCCUUCAUUCUCUGGCUGAACGAGAAAAAUAUAGAACUUUCGCCGUUGUUGUGGUCUUUCAAUAGCAGCGACAACGAAUCGACGCGAACUACUAAAACCGUGCUACUAAGGUAAAAAUUACAGCGUGACGGUGGUAGCCUUACGACUGUGCUGUGCGAAACAGCGUUCCGGCGAUGUGUUAGGAGAGAGCAUAAAAAAACGUGCCAAUGACGCUACGCGCACGCCGCACAAAGCUAAUAUGAAUACCGUGUUUCCAUCAGACGGCUGCUUCCAAGCGCGAAAGGAACUGUGCCCACGCCCGCAUUCGAAUCUAGACCACCACGUGCCCCUAACAUCAGUAGUCGAAUGCGUUAUCCAGUUAUUAUGGGAUCGAUUAAACUAAUAGUAAGAAUUCUACAGACACUUUGUUGACUUCUGCCCGAUGCAGUAACGGUGCCUGUUUAGGGGCUAAUUAUCGUGCGGCCUACUGAUUAGUCACUGCUACCCUCGUAAUCCGUUGCUGCUGCUCUCGGUUGUGAUAGCAGUUCGCAGCAGUCGCAGUAGUGGCCUCGCUGAUUAGGUGUUAAGCAUCGAACGUGGAGUUAACUGACUCACUGGCACAUAACAGCUCAGCUAUCCCUUUAGUUACCAAUGUAAUACGUGUAUUCUUGCUGGCGGUGUUUGAUUAAUAACGAAGUUUUGGCGUAUUUGAAGUCGGUCGAAGGUCGAUUUCAUCCAGGCACGGCAGUGGAAUACCGGUACAGCCAACUCAAGCUACAAGCAUUGCAAACACGUCAAUUGAGAGCUAUUGUGACACCAAAUAGACUUCAAUUUAGCUGCACACAGUGACCCAAUCUUAAGGUUAAUUCUUAAGGCUCUCAAGCAGCUCAAUAAACAAAGUAUUUUCCCGAAUAGGAGAAUGCGGUUUCAAUGUUAAUUUUACCGCCAAAGCCGAAGCUUAUGUAGAGGUGGCACCGUCUUUAUCCUCAUAAGGUUAUGUUUGAGAUCAUAUUUGGUCGCAUCACAAUCUCUGUUUCAAUUGAGAACGAAAAAAUGGUACGUCAUAUAAAGAAGACUAUACUUUGUCAAUAAAUUGUAGCAGUAGCAAUAGUAUUAGGUUCAAAAAUACAGCACUUCCAAAGAGAUCGAAAAAUAAAAACAGACUGAACCCAAAGACCAUCGAGUGUUUAAAUACCAACUUGUACCAAGAAAACUCUAGAACAAUUCAAUGUGUUAAUAAGUUAAACGAAUGGUUAGCCGAUACUGAAUAAACCGGAAAGUCUUAAUUUUACCUAACUGCUCCUACGUUGCCGGUCGUAGUGAUUUGGGUUUUUGAGCAAUUUCACCAUGAUGAUGUGGCACUAUCGAUAAAAAAGUAAACGUGAUUGGUACAAUUUUUAUAUUGUUCGAUAUAGUGCCAUCAUUUACUUUUCCUUAGCUGACUUUUAGCGGGCAUAAAAUGAAAGUGUAGUUUCCCCUGCACGUUCACGCCACCUUCGAUUUUUUCGUCGAGAGAGUUACUGUCACGGGUCAUAUAUAAUUUUAAAUGAAAUCUGUUAGUAUCGAAAGGUGUUACUUUUACACAGAUUUGAACUUCUGGAAUAGGAAUAAGGUAAUCCGCUCCUCAUGAUUUCGUUGUAAAAAAAACGCCCGCUCCGUUUACUGAUCUGUUACGCCGUCAAGGAUAGACCCCGAUAUCUAAAACAUCCUGUAUAUGCUCAUUUGAGACCGGCAUAUGCUGCAAGCCGGUUUUCGGUCAGGCACACAGGAGUCACAUUAGACGCACGACUUUCAGACCACUGACACUGAUUCUGCUAUCAGUAUAUAGUAUACAAGUGUUUGUGAUAGCUUUGUUCUGCUAUUGGGGGGCAGGCAACUGGCCUACGGCAACGACUAUGAGUACAACAACACCGACGCUGUCGUAGCCGCUCGUUAUUCUGGCGACAUACACAGUCAGUAACGGGACACGUCACACCGAGAGGAAGCAACCCGUAAAGGCGAGUAUCAGCCAAAGUAUAGGAGACCGUGUUGCGCUUGAUGCUGCGAGGAGGUCAGCUUGGACGACGGCAGUAGGGUGGUGAUGGCUGGCUAAGAGUGGCGCGCAGUUAUUGUCAUCCAAAGAGAAGGGGGCCGCGCUUGCGACGCAGCGACCGACAUCAGUAGUGGCUGUAAAACUAGCAAUCGGAAGGAAUAGUAAAAGCAGUGAAGGCGGUAUCGGCAGUGUUGGUCGCUGCUUCGUAUCAAGCCGCCUACUACAAGCAAGCAAGCAAGCAAUCAUGACUGAGCGAGCUAGCUAGCUAGCUAGCGAGCGGGCGUCUCCAGUGACAAUAACAUCCGUAAUAUUACUUAGUUGAAUCUGCCAGCUACCAAUCGAGUGAGCUCCCGCCGCAAACGACAACACCAGCGGCGACAUAGCUAUGGCAAUAUUAUGAUCGAUCCAGCCAUCUAGCCCAGUUACCUAUUUCGUCCUGUCAACGGUGAUCUUUGGCAAAGUAGCGACUUACUACUACCAGUGCAACAGCAACAAUCAACCACUACAGCUUGCGCAGUGACGGCUGGCAGUGCGCGAUCCCGUAGAAGGGAAUGGUGGCACCAAGCGUCAUUUUCGACCUGUUAGCCAGCCAACCAGCACCGUGUGGCGACUCUUAUCCGACCACGGCAAGCAGCAGGCAACAGAAGGACACAUCGAGGAACAGCGCUGAAUAGGACUAGUGACGGCAUAACAACAUUAUCAUAAGACAGGUGGUAGCAGGAAGAAGAAAGCCUAGUUCAGGGCCAUCGAUUGAAUCACGACCGCUGGUCACUGCGAUGUCGACAACGACAUCCGAGGACGCUGAGAGACACAAGACAGCAGCUGCAUGCCGCUUGUUAGCACAACGGCAAUAAGAGUAUGGCAAUACAACAAAAUACUAGUGCGAAGUAGGAACACAUGCGGGAGAGGCAGCAAGCAGCUAUCGAACGAGCUUAGUCAACAUAACAUAGGGCGGCAACUAGCUUGAGUGCCACGAAGAGUCUGGCCACAGCGGCACACAAACGCUUAAAAGGGAAACAGGCCUUGUGACAAAAGCGAAACAGCAUACACUGUUACAGAAGCCCUCGAGCCAAACAGGAAGCUUGACAACCUACGCCUGGCUACGAUACAUUCGAGGUGCUAUUUCACGGAAAAAAGAAGGAACAUAAAUGUGAAGUUCGCGAAUGACUAUGAAGACCAGAGAA